CUGUUUGAUCCACACAACGGGACUGUUUUCCUCAUCUCUGUGUCAUGAACACGUGCGUCUUUUACUAAAAAAAAAAAUAUAUCUACAAAGUCUCUAAAAAAAUAACGCCACAAAUUAAUAAAUUCAAAAUAAUUAAAUUUAAUCACAUGAAGACAAACAUGUAGAAGAAACUUUUUUUCUUUUAUUUAUGUAGCGAAUUUGUAGUGACGCAUGCGAUUGCCAUGAACACAACGUCAUUGAGUACUAUAUUUCGAAGGAACAACAAGAGGGCAGUAUAAGAUAUAAUUAAGAGAAACUUGUAUCUCUAAUUCUAACAGGACGCGUCAUUAUUCCCAGUAUCGAUUGAUUUCUCUCCGUUUGAGGAGCUGAGGUGUCUCUGGAUACACACCGAGGCCCAGUGACCCACCAUGAGAGUGACAGGCCUCAUCCCUGCUCGGUUCCUCACCCUCACCUCACACUUGGUCCUGCUUGUCACCAUACUCAUGGCCAGGGAGGAGAAUGUGCUUGCCUGCCUCCCUGUAGAGUACACCAGCAGUGAAUACAGUAAGAGAGAUGGAGAGUUCUUGGGAGGGCUUGUGGCAGGAAUAGCACUGACUGCCCUGGAGCUCAUUGGCUUUAUCUCGGGUGUCUCCAUGUUCGCCAGUUUGCCCUCCAUUAUCUCCAUUACCUGCCACAGCGGUGCCUCCAUCAGCCUGGCCUACUUAGUGCUGGACACCUGGGACUGCCGACUCUACUGGUGGGUGUUUGGCCUCACCUCAGUCCUGCCUGCCCUGGUGGAGGUUGGGGUCAUGAUUAAUGUCCUUAUGCUCAAGAAAAAUGUCUGAGUGUGAAGAUAUAUGUGAGUGUUUAGUAAAAUAAGCUAAGAGAAAGAACAUGUAUGGAAAGGGGCAUGAAUGUGUUAAUGGGUAGAAAUAAACUGAAGGUUGUGAAAGGAGAAGAAAUUUGUAUGUAUGUGUGAGAAGAGGAGGAAAUAUUGUUAAGGUUUUUGAGCUGGUGAAAGAGUGAUAAGAGAGAUGAGAAGAAGUCAGGGUGUGUGAAUCUAUAUGGAGAGAAAAGAAUGGUUGUGCGUUUUAUUUGCCGUCCAGAAUGAUUUCAGGGUUGAAGGAGUGACUGCCAGAGUUGAGGAAGGAAAUUUUGAUGAGGUAAUGUUCUUUUGAAUAUUACUUAUGCACAAAUGAUCUCAAGAAGGCCUUAUCUUAGUUAUAUAUAUUAUUUCAGGCUGAGUAUGUCAUUAUUAUUGUGAUUUAUAUAUUUAUAGCUAUACAGAAAGUACUUAUCGUUACUAUACAUAAAUUAAAACCUUUGUAGCUAUUAGCCUUAUGGUGACAAUGAGUUAUGAAAUAGAGAGCCACCAACAAGUGCCUGGGUUAUACAGUGAGCCAAGCACCUCUUGAGCUGAUACUUGUGGCAUUAUCAGAUGUUUACCUUUAAAUAUAAAUUUGGUGCUGGCCAUAUUAUGUAAUGCAACGUGUGGAAUCAAUUGUUUUUAAUGCAAAUAAAUGAUUCUGGUGAGUAUAGGGAAUCUAAAACUAAAGAAGCUUCACAUAAUCAUUAGGCACCGUUGCUACUUUUGGGUAGGUGAAGUGAUGUUAGAUUAGGUUAGGGAAGGUUUAGUUAGCUGUAGUAACUUAAUCUAAUGUACCUGACUUGUCAUAACCCAUUCCAAAACUAGCUCAGAUGGCUGAAAUUCAUGUGAUGCCUGGAGGGAAAGGAAAAAAAAUAUGAACAAAAGGAAUUUCUAAGAGUACAGAGUAUAUUAGUUCAUGUAUGGUUAUUGUUAGGUAAACGAAAGUAGAGUAAUUUCCAAGUUGUAACUCCUGUGUGGAUGAAAAUCCUAAAAAUUAAGAGAUUUAAAAUAGUGCCUUGUAAUAGCGAAGUGUACCUUAAAAACCAACAGUAUUUGUGAAGCACUCCAGUAAGACUUUUAAAGGUAUA